GGACAAAAUAUUGUUGCAACUUUUGAAAACUUUAAGCAUUAAAUGAUGAACAGGAUAAAUGAUUUCCCAAAGACCGAUGAUUCGGGAACAACUCGUGAACCUCAUGUUGCUGGUCCAAACGCUGAUAAAAAGUCAGAGUUUUGUCGGAAGAAACCUCUGCCAUCGAUUUCGAUUGAGAAAGACCCCGAGUUUGCUGAGUCGCUCCUUUGUGCAGCAACAAUGCAUAUCAGACAAAAGACUCGUGAGUCGACUGGAUCUUCUACACCAAGGCCGCAAUGUCCUGGGCAUGUCCUCGUUCCACGCACAAAAGACAUCCCUAAACCAGGCACUGGCCGGCGCAGUCCUCCCAUCCCACCAGGGCCGACUCAAGGCCCAUGCGGUGACCUACCACCCCGCAAGACCACUGAUGGAAUCCAUAAGCGAGACAGUCACAACCAGUGCGACAAUCAUCUCUUGUUGAACCCACCUUGGAGGGCAACAUGUGCUAUUGUGGAACCGACCCAGGCUGGCAACAUCUGCCUUGAGCGUCUACCUCGGGGUCUCAAACAACCGAAGAUCGUCGACCUGUGCCACAGACACGGUCACCGCCGACGACUAGAGCCUUUGGAGGAAACACAAAACGCUGAUGCAGCUCAAAAGAGAGGUAGACCAGUGAUGCAACGGAAGGCGAAUGGGUCUAAACAACGAGGAGAUUUCAAUGCUAAGAAAGUCAUUAUUGAGAAGAAUACAUUCAAUACGAUCGCCGAGGAGCAGCGACACCGUCAAGGCUCCGAUGAUAGGACAAAAACGGAUAACAGUUUCGGGGAGGAUAACAAAGACAUGACCAUGAUAACAGGUUGUAAGGCAACGGAGGAUCUCAAAGAAGAGCGUCCUGAAGAUGUAACUUUGGAUGAAGGCCAAGAUGAGCAGAAUGUAUCAAAGCAGGGUGAUUCUGAUGAAGACAUAAUUCUACAGAGUGCUCGAUGUGGAACUGACGAUUUUGACCACAAACUCUCUGAAACAACUUGUAAAACAACAGUUCCUAGCACACACGAGAACAUCAUCGGGGAAACAGAAGAUGAAGAAACAACCCCAGACGAAGCCUGUUUAUCCAAAGAGGAUGUAGAAACUUCAGACACGGCACUGUGCCGAACAAUGCCUUCGAAACCAACUCUAGUGAAAGCGGAGAGUCUGACGUUCAGACGAACUACGGGGAAACUCCACACGGACGAGCGACCGAAUAGCUUCACGGCACUCACUGCCAAGGUAAAGGAGCUUGAACACGUUGAAGAGACAACCAGUCAGCCUACAACCGGUCAACCUUUGUCGGGAGUGACGAUCCACGAGAAAGUGCAAGCAAAUGAUAAUGUCAUUACCUCUGCUGACGAUCACAGCGACUAUACACCAGACGACAAGGGAGACACGAUAUGCCAUGAUUCUCAUAGAAAUGACAACAUACUUGAAUCGUGCUUGAAUGAGCACCAACUCAUACCUUGCCCACAGAACAUUGAAGAGGGUCCUUGUACUGCUGAUGAAGUCAGUGCAUUUGACCAGCCCGAAACUUUCCAGGAUUCGAAGAAGUACGAGAUUACGGAAAUACAGAGUAAGAGAACGGGUGACCUUAAUUCUUCAGCUUGUGAGGACAAGCCAGACGGUUUGCUUGAUGACAAAGUACAAGUGCCUUUGGAAACAGAUAGACAAUCCGGUGUUUCAAAGCAUGCAGAAAACAUCGAUGAAGCGUCCAUUUAUAAAGACCAAUCGUUAAGUAUGCAAAGUGAUAAGUCAUGUCCAAUUUCUGAAUCAAACAGCAGAACAACACAGGAAGAGUCUAUACGAGAGAAUCGUGAGAGUGAGCUGUUAAGCUUUUCCGUCGACUCUCCGAGAAUGCCAAGAAAUGAGAACUGGGAUUGCGUCAAUUCAAAUCAAUCCACGCCAACAACUGACGAUUCAGCAGAAAAACAAGAAUCACCGAUUGGCCAGUUCAAGGAUCAAGAUGCGAAAAACACGGGUUUAGAAGCUGUCAAUCUCGAGACAAUUAGACAACGACCUAAAACAGAUAUGCCAUCUCAAAACGAGACUCGAGAAACAGAAGUGUCUGUUCAGAUUUCACAAAAAUCUGAAAAUUUCAAGGAACCGUCCCCACAUUUACAGCGAUCUCUAAGUUGUCACGACCUUGCCAUUGAUGUUCGGUUCUUCAAGACACCGGACAACGACACUAACGAUGGAAACUGCUUCCACCACGGAGAAUCGCCUUCACUGGGAAGUGGUUCUCGAGAAAAUUCUGAUGGCAGUUACAAAAACGAGAGAUGCACAAUACGGAAAAUACAUUCCCAUGACAACUCGGGGAAGUGUAAGUAUAUUGUAUUGCCUGACCAAGACAGAGUUAUCUCAGAUGUCCAUGGGAUACCUAUCAAACCCUUAAGGAUAGACAAUGACAAGGAUACCCAAAGAGAUACAUGUGAAAGUGCUUCGGACAGACAAUCCCUGCUGCAAAACCCAAGCGAGAUUCCAACAGAUGGCAUCAAAACAACAAGCAGGGAGAAAAAUAUCACCAAAGCAAGAAACAUCACCUCCGAUCCGAGGAUAGAUCCCAUUGUGUCUAAACUCGAAACGGUGGAGGGAUCAUCGGUUUUACGGAUUGACAAGAUAACCGACGGACGAAACAACGAGCAAGAAACAUGCUCCAGGGACGACAACAGAGAAACGACUGAUGAAAACCAUGAUUUGAUAUUGUCAAGGCAAGACCAAUUAAGAAAUGGCAUUGGCAGGAGAGCACGGAGAAAAACAGAGUGUGAUAUGCACCCUAUCCAAGAAGACGAGACAGUUGAUAGUGAGAUAGUGAAUGACCAAGAUGCUAAUACAGAAGGAUUUCAAGGUCAAAGGGAGGAUGGGGGUGGAAAAAGUGGAAUCGGAGAAGAAGAAUGGUUUCCACUGUCUGUACAUCCACUGCCACAACCAACUGCGGCUAAUGUGUCCGGACCACCACCGAAACAACCUCAACCGAAAAGGAUCAACUUCGCCGAAUCCAAUCGCUUCCUCCGUAUCCAUGGCAACUAUCUCCAAGGCGACGGGCCAUGGGGUCACGGCGACCGAAUCGAGCGGCCAAGAAACUACGUUGAACCAAACGUCAGCCUAGAUGAUAUGUCUCUGCGCUUUUUCACCGACAUAACCCCGCUUGACCUUGCUUUCAACGCCAUCAACGUCGUCAAUUCGUGCUCCAAUUCCAUCAGCUAUCAUUCCUGUAUCAACCAGAAGCGCCUCCUAGCAGCGUUGGAUGGACUUAAACACGAUGAUGUCUACAAGCACGCGCUGAUUUGUCCCCUUGCACUUCAGUGCGCCACAGCAACGCGAGAAUUCAGUCAGGCUCUUCAUAAGGUAUUCAGGAGGUUCUCCAAUCGGGCCAGAGCGGCACAAGAAGCGCUGCUGGAAUACUACCGAGCACUGGCUGCUGGGGAGGUCAACUCGCCAGAGAUGCUGAGGCAGAUUCAGAGGGAUGGGAGGAGAUUGUACAUGGUUUGGGAGGGAGGAAGAUACGUCACGAAGUACUCGGAUGAUGCCAUAGCUGAGUUGAGCAACAGUAGCAGUGACACCAGCACCCGCCCCUCUGCUUCCGACCCAGCAGAGUUUGUUGACAACGAAUCAAAAGAAUAACUCAUUGGAGAAUAAUGUCUUUGAUUGACUUAAAUCUGUGGCUGCUCCAUUACAACUUCAACCUCUCGGUUGUUUCAUGAAGCCGUGAUGCAUUUCACUGCAUGG